UGGCUUUUCAGGAUCAGUUUUUUGGCAACACCUAUCGAGCGACCACGUCUACAGCCCGGAGAAAGGGGCUGCUGUGCAUAUGAAACAGAAGAUUUGAGCCAACUAGCGCAAUGACAGAGAAAUAAGACAAAGAGAAAUUUCGCAAGGAAAACUGUUCAUCUUCAUACCGGGUUCUGUCGAUGCAACAUUUUCAGCUCUUAGUUUAGCGGUAUGAUUUUAGGACUAUAGAGUAUCAGCCACUGCGGUGCACUAGUAAUCUAUAACAGUAACUGUUUACAUUUUGAUAAACUUAAGCAUUCUCCCUUUCUCCUGGAGAAGUCAAAGUUCUCGUCUAUUUUGUACCACAAAAGUGGCAGGCGCUAUUUUUUUUUAAGCGAGGUUAUGUUCUGACAGUUGCAAGAGCAGCCAAACUUUAUUAAAUUAAUAAACGUGUUUUCCAAAAGGACUCAUCGACAGAAGAAUGAUUUGGAGCCGGUUAACGGAGCUGUUGCUCCUAAUAUUUGUGUGCGCGCACAGAUCGUCCUCAAAACAAGACGCGAAACCUGAGGUAUGGCUACAGCAAUAUGGUUACUUGCCACCCGGUGAUCUCCGCACACAUACGGCCCGCUCUCCUCACUCCGUCUCCUCUGCCAUUGCUGCCAUGCAGAGAUUCUACGGCCUGAAAGUCACCGGCAACAUGGAUCCUGCAACUCUAGAGGCAAUGAAGAAGCCCCGCUGCGGCGUCCCAGACAAGUUUGGAGCUGAACUGAAAAGCAACCUGAGAAAGAAGCGCUACGCAAUCCAGGGACUCAAAUGGGAUAAAAAUGAGAUCACAUUCUGCAUACAGAACUACACUCCAAAAGUUGGGGAAUACGAAACGUUUGAGGCGAUCAGAAAAGCCUUCAAAGUGUGGGAAAGAGUUACCCCUUUGCGAUUCCGAGAGAUCCCUUACAGUGACAUCAGAGAUAAGGUUGAAAACUUUGCCGACAUCAUGCUCUUCUUCGCCGAUGGUUUUCACGGCGACGCCAGUCCGUUUGACGGCGAAGGAGGAUUUUUGGCUCAUGCUUACUUCCCAGGCAAUGGCAUAGGAGGAGACACACACUUCGACGCAGCAGAGCCUUGGACCAUCGGCAACCGUGACCUUUUGGGUAAUGAUGUGUUCCUGGUGGCUGUGCAUGAAUUGGGUCACGCCCUGGGAAUGGAGCAUUCAAAUGACCCCUCCGCCAUCAUGGCUCCCUUCUACCAGUGGAUGGACACCGAGAACUUUGAGCUUCCUGAAGAUGACCGUAAAGGCAUUCAGCAGCUUUAUGGACCAAACACCGGAGGCCGUCCGAGACCACCUGUCACCCCGCAGACCCCCCACCACACUCCAUAUCCCACACCAUACAGGCCUGGAGGACCUAGCUUUGGUCCUGACAUCUGCGAAGGCCAUUUUGACACCAUUGGCAUUUUCAGAGGAGAAAUGUUUGUGUUUAAGGAUAAGUGGUUCUGGCGCGUUCGUAAUAAUCGUGUUAUGGAAAAUUACCCCAUGCCAAUCGGACAUUUCUGGAGAGGUCUGCCUACAAAUAUUAAUGCUGCCUAUGAAAGAGAAGAUGGGAAAUUUGUCUUCUUUAAAGGGGACAGGCAUUGGGUGUUCACCGAAUCGAACUUGGAGCCAGGUUAUCCGAAGACUCUGAGAGAAAUGGGCAACGGUCUUCCAAAGGACAAACUGGACGCAGCCCUUCUGUACACCCCUACAGGCAACACCUACUUCUUCAGAGGAAACAAAUAUUAUCGCUACAAUGAAGACACGCAGUCAGUGGAUCCAGACUACCCCAAACCUAUGAGUAAAUGGCAAGGCGUUCCAGACAACAUAAAGGCUGCCUUCAUGAGUCGAGAUCAAAGUUAUACCUACUUCUACAAAGCCAACAAGUACUGGAAGUUUAACAACCAGUUAUUAAGAGUAGAGCCUGGAUACCCCAAGUCUGCGCUUAGGGAUUGGAUGGGCUGUCCCAAUGAGGACUCCAAUACAGGUGGUGGAGGCGGAGGAAGUGACCGUGAUCGGGAGCGCGAGCGCGAAAGAGAACGUGAAAGGGAGCGGGAAAGAGAACGUGAACGAGAGCGUGAACGUGACCGCACACGUGAGGAAGACAAGACUGAGGAUGAGGGCAAAAAGGAGGAGACAGAAGUGAUCAUAAUCGAGGUCGAAGACGCACCCAGCAGCGGAGGAGGAGCGGCUGCCGUCGUGGUGCCACUCAUGUUGCUGGUCUGCGUGAUCCUUACGCUCGGAGCACUUCUCUUCUUCCGCAGGUACGGCACACCGAGACGCUUGCUCUACUGCCAACGCUCCCUACUGGACAAGGUUUAAAUGAUUAAGAAGGGAUAAUGGAAGAAAGGGAAGGGGAGGAGAGGAGAGAAUUGAGAAUAUGGAAGAAGGGGACUUACUAGCAAAGCAAAACCAAAAUGAGUUUUAGUCAAAAAGGGACCCUUUGUUGUUUACUUUAGAAAUGAUGCCACUCAAACAAAUCUCUGCAUUUUUAUAUUUUGUAAUUAGUGGUUUUGAACGUUUUGCUUUCACACCUGUGCCAAGUUCUUCCCGCACGCUGUAUAAAGGCAUACGGUACUUGUUUUUCCCCUGUGUCACUUUCACUUCAUCUCUCCCCUCUUCUCUCAAUGUCUUUCUCGUCUUUCCCUUCUGGUGUAGCCAAUGACGCCAGCUCAUCGCUGUUUGUUUAGCCUUUUGUAAAUGUCAUUUUAAAGUUGUGAUUGUUGUUGUAUGUCUGCCUCAUUGUGAAUUCUUACCCUCUAUCGAAAACAACAUUUGUCCCAAUCAGAAGACUUUGUACUUAUCUCAGGUUGCGGCCAAUGCUUAUCACAUUUCCAGCAGCCUCAUGCAACUUUUAUAACAAAACUGUACUACCGUGGUUUUUGAAUGUCAUGCCAUGUUACAGGGUUCACAGUGAUGAAAUUUUUUUUUCAAACUUUUGUGAAAAUUCAUAAAAAACGAAUUAAACUAGAUUUACAUUCUUCUAGUCAUACUUUAAAAUAAUUUAAAACAUAGUCAGAAAUUGCUUUAAUUGUUAGUGUAAUUUCUGUUCAUUUUUAAAAUUCUUCCAGGAUGCACAAACUAGAUAAGUCGGUCAGAAGGUGCCAUAGUACCACGGUAUUCUCUCUAGUACUAUGUAAAUACCUUAGUGCAUGAAUAUCAUAAUCAUUCCGUACCAUGGUAUUGCCAUCGUUGAACCAUGGGACCACCAUAGUAUUUUUUAAGUGUUCUCCUAUGCACAAUGUUACAAGAUAUCAUAAAAGAUUAUUUGCAUUGGCUCAUGAAAGGUAAUUCUUUUCACUAAAGCAACACAGGGUUCCGCUCCCACCCCAUGCAACUCCCAACUCAGGUUAAGAAACCAAAGUCAUGUGCCAUUCCAAAGAUAAUUGAUACUUAUCCCACUAACAAUGCCUGCAAAGCUGUGCUGUCUGUCUGUGUCCUCCAGUAGUAUGGCUUUAUAUUGUACUGUAUUUUUAAUAAUUACUAUUAUUGAUAAUGAUGAUGUCAUUAUCAUUAUGAUUAUUACUAUUGUUAUUGUUCUCCAUGUCAAGAAUGUGUUUUUUUGAUUUUAACAAUUGUCAUUAAAAAUGUCCUGCUGGACAGGCAAUAAUGUAUGUCUUAUGAAGUGGCCUUAAUUUGGGGAAAAGUGAAUGGGUGGGUUUGUAUUUUUGAACUGAAAUAAAUUUUAAAAUAUAUAAAUGAUAUUUUCACUGCUUGUGUUUACAAUUAUUGAAAACUUGAGGUGCUUUUUUUGUUUUUUAAAUGGGAAUCGAAAGUUUGAAUAAAAAACAAUAAUGAUAAUAAUAUUUAAAUGAUGAUGAUCAUUAUCUAGAAAUAAAUUGUGCUUGUUUCAAACCUCUUUUUAUGUUUAAGUCAGAAAUAAAAUAUUUUGUAAGUUUU